UUCGGUCUUUUUCAAGUCACCCUAGUAACAACAAACGCCACCGCUCGGCCUGACUAACCAAUCAAAUUGCACGCAGACCUUGACGUCACAUCCUGCCGACGCACAGGGCUGGGUAAGUCCACCAUCUUUGCUCAGGUUAGCCGAGUUCUACCGGGGAGUAUGAGGUAGGAAUUCAGCGAACAGAACCGCGUUUGAGCUGACCGAACCGGGACCGUCUCGCCAAAGCCAACCGGACCAGGAAGCCGGCGGCCCGAUCCGGAACCGGACCUGUUUUUUCCACCCCGCGAACAACGCGCACACACAGCUCGGUGCUGUCGGGGCUGCUAACUCGGCGGCUAACUUUAGCCUCCAAAGAGGAACUGUUGCUACGGUUCCGUUUGCAUCCAUGUCAUUUACAAACUUCCGGGAAAGAAGCCGUGCCGAACCGAGCCGGGCCAGCAGAUAACCCUCCGGUUGUGUAGCCAGGAGAAGUAGCUGGUGAUGCCGGGUGGAAGUCUGCUCCGGUAAAACMAAGUGAAGUUCGAGCCGCCUUCAGUCCUUUGGAACCGGUUGGAAGUUCAGACAGGUGUUCCGGAGCGGAGAGGGCGGCUUCAUGACUGGACCUCCGUCACACUGACCCCGGUACCAUGUCCACCAGGACCCCCCUGCCCACUGUCAAUGAGCGGGACACCGAACAGCACACAUCUGGAGAUGACAAACACAGUGAGGUGUCCCGCUCCGUCCGCUCUGCUCGCUGUAAAAACUCGUCGGCGGCCGCCGGAGACGACUCCCCCCACGUGGGGAACUACCGGCUGCUGAAAACCAUCGGGAAGGGCAACUUCGCCAAAGUGAAGCUGGCUCGGCACAUCCCGACGGGACGAGAGGUGGCCAUCAAGAUCAUUGAUAAGACCCAGCUGAACCCCACCAGCCUGCAGAAGCUCUUCAGAGAGGUGCGAAUCAUGAAGAUCCUGAAUCACCCAAACAUCGGGGAAGAAGUACGACGGACCGGAGGUGGACGUGUGGAGUCUGGG